AUGUUAGAACAUGGAAUUAACGGAUUACCGGGUGGCGAAAAGGAAACGGAUGUCAACAAUCCAACAGUAUUGAGUGCUAUAAAGAGCACAAUGGUUAAAUUAAAUGAAAAUUUAUCGUCUGGUGAAAACGAGAAAAAAUUUGUCGAAACAUUAAAAGCAACCGUGCAAGUUGUUUCAGGUACAUUGACGAGAGUUUUACUUAGAAUUAAUCAAGGAGAAGAAACUCAUUAUUGUUAUAGCAAAGUAUGGGAACAACUUUGGUUGAAUAAAACAGAAGUUUUGGCACAUCAUUGUGGUAAAACAAUCGAAGAUGUUAAAGUUAAAUCAACCGAAGGUGAAUCACCUGUUUUUAAAAAGGAUAUAUUAUUAACGGUCGAUCCAACAAGUUCGACAGUUAGUCCAGAUCGAUGGCAAUAUGGAAAUCAAUCGAAUUUCGAAAAUAAAUCCGAUGUAUUCGAAUUAUGGAAAUGGUGUCACGUAUUUUGCAAACCAUGUCGAUGGUUCGAUUCAAUCGAUUACGAAUAUAAAAUAUGUAGAUUUUCUUAUGUAGCGGGACACUUUUUAGUUUUCGCCGGAUUACCUCCGAUGUUGGGUCAUUUAUUGGUUGGAAUAAUAUGUGGAAACUUACCAACCAAUUGGUUUCCAUCAUUUGACCCUAACGAAUUAAGAGUUAUCAUUGUUAAUUUAGAAUCAAUUUUACCAAUUAUUUCAUUGGCGACUAUGAAUAAUAUUGUGGAUAAUACAAGUAAAACUCAAGGUUUGGGAGAAGGAAAACAAAUUUCAACCAUACUUAAUGCUGCAAGUGGUGUUAACGUUAUUAUUUCAGUUAUAUUUUAUAUAAUUACUUUAAGUUACAUGCAUCCUGAUGGUUUUACUACCGAUUUGUUUAAAUGGAAAGCAAAAAUUGCCACUUCCGAGUGGAUAGUUGUACUUAAUGUCUUAGAACAAACAUUUGUCGGAACAGUUAUAGGUUGCAUUUCCGGUUUAUUAAUUUCUUUUUUCCCGGAUAAACAUAAUGCUCUACUACCCUACGGAGUUGAAUUUAAUGAAGUUUACAUAUACGACUCUGCACAUACAUACGUUCAAGAUUUAAAAACUGUUAAGCAAACAGUAGUUUUGGCCAUACUUAUCACAACGCCUAUUGUUAAUUAUGUUUUACUUGCAAUGAGUCAUAAAUUUUUAAGUUCUAUGAAUUAUUCAAGAAGCAGGGAGCCACGUUUUGAACCACCGGAAGGGGAAACACAACAAGUAGGCAAAAGCAUUCCUACCGUACCAGAAGAAGCCAGUUAG